GCGAGAGUGAACCCCACUUCAAAUCCGAAAAUAUACUUUUAACCAUUGUCGAAAACCCAAAAGUCUACAACGUUCGUCAGUUUCUCUAUUCUCUUCGCGUCGAUCUACCAAACGAUAUAAUAAAAAAAAACUUUUUUUUUAUUUCAUUUUCGUUAAAAACAAAAUUAAUCAAUUUUCUAAUGGAAAAUGUAACGGGAGAUAGCGAAGUGUCUAUUACUAAAAUAACAGUGAAAAAGGAAAAUUUGAAUGACGACAUCAAGGAAUUCGCACAAAACGCCAUGACAGAAUUACUCGGUUGGUACGGGUACGAAAAUUCUAGAGACGAAUUGAGAAUAUCAAGAAACUGCAGAACAUCACAUUCCGAUAGCUCUGGACUUUCGCCAAAACCUCCAGAUUCAUGCGGUUGGUGUGGUAAACCGAUUGACGACAGCACUGCCAUACAUUCUGGUACAUCGGUUUUUUGUACGGAACUUUGUUUUUCCCAAUCUAGAAGAGCCAACUUCAAAAAGAACAAAACAUGUGAUUGGUGCAGACACGUACGACACACUAUAUCGUAUGUAGAUUUCAAUGACGGUGCGUCUCAACUUCAAUUCUGUUCGGACAAGUGUUUAAACCAAUACAAAAUGCACAUCUUCUGCAGAGAAACCCGAGCCCAUCUCGAAUUACACCCUCACCUAAGACUCGAAGAAUCCAGUAGUGGAACCUUAAUAACUCCCGAUUUGUGGUUAAAAAAUUGCAAAUCACCCGAACUACGAAGUCCUUCUCCGGAUAUUUCACCAAAACCACCAGAAAAACCUUCCCAAACAUCACCGCUGAGCUUAACUCACCCUUCGAAAUUAAUAGACUCUUCGGAAAGUAGAAGAAACCGGAUGAAAUCUCAAAGAAAAAUAAGAAAAAGACUUCCUUCUACAAUAACUUGUAGUAAUAGUUGCAGUAAUACAAUGGAGGACGCACCUCAAGAUUUGCGGAUACGACACACGCCCACAGAUUUCGAAAGUACCGCCCCAAUUUUCAAACCAAUCAAAUUACCAGUAGAAUCAAGAGAACCAACACCUAAGCCCGAAACCGGAACUAUUCCUACGCCUACAACGAAUCUAUUCCGGAAACCAUUCGAUACUCUGAUUCCCCCGCCAACGGUUAUGGUCCCCUACCCGCUCAUUUUACCUAUUCCUAUACCAAUUCCGAUACCGAUUCCUUUACCGAUUGAAAAAGAAGAAAAAAAAGAAGUAGAAAUGAAAGACGGAUAUAGUCAAACAGAAGAAAAAAAGAAGAUUGAAUGUUCGGGGCAUAUUGGCGUUAAUGGGAAAGAAGACGCUGUAAUAAUUGACAGAUCGUUAAGGAAAAGGAAGAGGACGUACGGAAGUAAACCUAGAAUUGUAAUGAAGCCGAAAAAAGUGAUAAUUAGUAGUAAUUAGUACCUAUUAUUUUUUUAAUUGUGAUUUUUUACAAUGAUUUCAAUAUUUAUACAGUGUUGUAUUACUUAUUAGAUUUAUGGUAACGUAUGUAAAUCGUAAAAUAAAUUAUUCACGUGAA